AAUAAACAUCAAAAUUUAAAAACAUAAAUAAAACAAUAACAAUAUAAAUAAUGAAUUUAUUACCAAAAUGUCAUGAAGAAUUUAGCAAAGCUGAUUAUUGGAAUUCUUUUUUUAAAAAACGUGGAAAAAAAGCAUUUGAAUGGUAUGGCGAGUAUCCAGAACUAUGUGGACAAAUAUCGAAAUUUGUCAAAACAAAAGAUAAUAUUCUUGUAGUUGGUUGUGGUAAUUCAACUUUAACAAUGGAUUUGCAUGAUGUUGGUUACAGGAACAUAACAAGUAUUGACAUAUCAAAAAUAGUAAUUGAUCAAAUGAAGGAUAAAAAUCGUAUUGAUCGUCCAAAUUUAAUAUUUGAACAAAUGGAUGCAACUUCAAUGUCUUACACUGAUGAAAAAUUUAGUGUUAUUAUUGAUAAAGGUACAUUAGAUGCACUGAUGCCUGAUGAUUCAAUUGAAACACAAAAAACAAUUGAUAAAUUUUUCAAUGAAAUAACAAGAGUACUUUGUCGUGGUGGAAGAUACAUAUGUAUUUCUCUGCUUCAAGAACAUAUCUUACGUAAAUUUGUUUCUUAUUUUGCAUUAAAAAAUUUUAUGCUAAGAAUAACAAGAUGUCAUGAGGCUGAAAAUAAAACUAAAAAUGAAGAAGGUAGUUCAAUACCAGUAUUUUCAAUAAUGGCUACAAAAUUUCCAGGUAUAAAAGAAAAAAUUUUAGAAUUAUCAUUAACAGAUGAUACACCAAUUAAAGUUAAAAAUGAAGAUGAAUUAAUAAAUUCAAUUUUAUCAGUACAACAAUCAGCUCUUGUAUGUGAUAGAUUAUCAAAAAAAAAUGUAUCUGAUAUUGGUGAAAUUAAUUUAGAUCUUUAUCAGCCUGGUAAUGAUUGUCCAAGAUAUAAAAUAUAUGUAUUAGAUAAACCAAAUUCAUGUGGUAAAACAUAUGCUGCAUUUUUAGUACCACAAGGUAGAGAAACUGAUUGGUUAUUUUCAACAACACAAGGUAGAAAAGAAUUUCUUGGUAAUGUUGAUAAAGAUCGUGUUGCUAUUGUUGUGCUAGGAAGAAAUCAUACAUUUAAUAAUUGGGAUGAUAUUAAAAUUGAGUUAUCAUCAAGUAUUAAAAAUUUAUCACCAUCUAGUUUACCUAAAAAUUAUGUUAUUGAUUAUUUAUCACUUGGUGCUGAUAUUGGUAAACGUGAAUUGAUUCAUCAAGGUGAAAGUAAAUAUUCUGGUAAAUAUUUAAUUGAAGAUGUUAUUGAUGAUGAUAAUAAAGUACAUACAAGACGAUUAGUAUUUUUGGAUAAUCAAUUUGUCGUACAAAGUGAAGCUGAAAUGAAAUUAUCUAAAAGUAGAAGAGGUAAAAGAAAGCUUAUUGUUAAUCCAGGUGUAUUGUCAUGUGAAUAUCAUCCUUAUAUGUCUGUUGGUAUUAAUUCAUUGAUGAAAAAUAGCAAUGAAGUUAAGAAUAUACUUGUUAUUGGACUUGGUGGUGGUGGUUUAUGUUUAUUUCUUAAUAAUUGUUAUGAAAAAUUAAAUAUAACUGCUGUUGAAAUUGAUGAGGCUAUGCUUAAAAUAGCAACAAAUUGGUUUGAUUUUGUACAAGAUAAUAGAACAAGUGUAUGUAUUGAUGAUGGAAUUAAAUUCAUCAAUGAUGCUGCGUUAAAUAAUAAAAAAUUUGAUGCAAUAUUGUUUGAUGUUGAUGGUAAAGAUCCAUCACUUGGAAUGUGUUGUCCACCAAAAGAAUUUUUAGAUACAUCUGUAUUAAAAAAUGUAUCAAAAUGUCUUAAUGAUAAUGGAAUUUUUAUUCUUAAUUUUGUUUGUCGAGAUAAAAAUUUAAGACCAGGAGUUUUAGAUAAAUUGACAAAUACAUUUACAUCAAUAACAUCAAUGAAAAUGAAAAUUAUUCUUAAUGAAAUAUUCAUGUGUACGAAUGUUAAGAAAAAUAUUGAACAAUGGAAAAAUGAAUGGAAAGAAUCUGUUGAUGAUUUUAAUCAAAGAGUUAAAAAUAAAAAAUUAUUAAAUGAUGAUAUCGUUGAUGCAGCUGAACUUCUUGAUGAGCUAACAAUUGAAGCAUAA